AUGGCUGAUUCUGAAGUCAAGGCAGAAACAGAGAAAAUGGAAACUGAUAGGACUGAGAAGAAAGAAAGGAAAAUAAGCAGUUCUGAAAUAAAGGGAAAGAUUGAAGAAUCAGAAACUAAGAAAGUUGAAGAAGCUAAAAAGGCAGAAGAAGCUAAAAAGGCCGAAGAAGCUAAAAAGGCUGAAGAAGCUAAAAAAGCUGAAGAGGCAAGAAAAGCUGAAGAAGCAAGAAAAGCUGAAGAAGCUAAAAAGGCAGAAGAAGCUAAAAAAGCUGAAGAGGCAAGGAAAGUUGAAGAAGCAAGAAAAGCCGAAGAAGCUUGGGACAAAAAGCUAAAAGAAGUGCAAGCAAGUGUGCAGCGGUUUGCACCACAUCGUGUGCCAGACAAAGAGCUGCAGCAGGCAAAAGAGCACUAUACCUGGAAUUUACGAAUUUACCCAGUCGACCCAGAAGACUGCAGAAAUUGCAUUUUGGAAGCAGCUACAAGGGUUGCACAGAAAACGUUUUAUUACGUACCAAGACGUAGAAAUGGCUAUGGAAUUGCUGAACUGCACAUGACUUCUGACAAAGACGCUCUUAGUGUCAUGGCAAGAGUUGUUCGCACAACAUUCUUUCACCGAUAUGUGACCAUAGAAGUGACUCGCUUGAGCCAGAAGAGGGACAAAAAGCCUGAAGAGACUGCCACAAUUGUACUCGACACAACGAAAUGUGAGAAGAUCAGAAACACAGUUGUAUCAAAAGACAGCCAGAAUAGUCUUUGGGUGAGAUAUUUGUCUGAAAACACCAGCCCAGAGUUCUUGAGAGUUCUGUUUCCAUUAUCAAAAAGUGCCCAAGUUAAGACUCACGAUGGCUUACACUUAGGUUUGGUGGAAGCCAACUGCAAAGCUGACCUGCUGGUGUUCACAAAGGCAUACAUGACUGUCGUUAUCAACAACACAAGUGUUUGGUCCCUUGACACCAAGGAGCCAGGGGAGAAAGAAAAUGCGGUCAAGGCUGAGUUAGAGAAAGUGGUGCAAGCCCUGGGAGAACCCAAGCCAGCCCCAACUGAACCUACAGAUAAAUACGCACAACGCAGAGAAGAUAAAAGUGAAACUGCACGUAUUCUGAAGCGCACUCUUCAUCAACAACACGGGUUAGACCAGCCGCCAAAUAAGCGAAGCCGCAUGGACCAACCUGCCCAGAGGGGAGUCGGUGGAAACUGGAAUUGGGGUGGUGUGAAUCAGUUUGCUGGAGCUGUGACAGGUCACACUGGCUUUGGAGCUCAGCUGAAUCCUCGGGGUAUCGCAGAUAUGGUUAUGAUGCAGGCUAGGCUCAACCAGCUGAUGUUGCUCAACCCUGGGGCUAGGCGAGGUUUCAACACCGGAUUUGGUGGAGGCCGCUUUGGGGGUGCUGGCGGAGUCCGUGGUGGGCAGAAAGGCUUUGGUAGAGGAUGGUAA